AUGUCUCGCCUACACUCCUAUCACCAACCCGCUUUCAACAAAAACACAGCCGUCAUCCUCCUCUCCUUUGUGCUGGCAGCCGGCUUCCUGCUCGUCAUACUUUCUUGUGCCCUUUGGGCCAACUGGCUUCCCCUCCUUGUCGCUCUCACUUUUAUCCUCGCGCCAUUCCCCAACUGGAUCGGUUCUCGAUGCGCCUCGGCGGACGAAAUCUCGCCAGAGUAUAAUUCCGCCUACGUUGACUUUGGAAGGUUCCUCACUGGAAUGCUCGUGACGACCGGCCUCUCCCUUCCACUCCUCCUGGCCCACUCGGCCCUCAUCCAACCCGCAGCAUGCUGGAUGUCCAUUGCCGGUGGUGGUUUGGUUUAUGGUACGAUCCUGGUGUACGCUGGAUGGUUCGGAGGCAACAACGAGGAUGAGUUCUAG